AUGGGUGGCCCAGGUUGUGGCAAAGGGACACAGUGCAAGAACGUGGCGACCAAAUAUGGCUUUUGCCACGUUGGACUGGGCCAGCCGCUGCCGCAAGAGGGCCAAUGCAGUACCCAGCGGGGCGGGGAGACCCGUGACGUCAUGCUGCAGGGGCUCCUGCUCCCAGCUGUGGGCCGGGCCCCAGACCUCAUCAUGUUUGAUUGCUCCAUGGAUGCGAUGGUCUGCGGAGUGUGGCAUCGGGGCCAGAAGGAGCACCGGGUUCGUGACUGUGAGUCGGCCCUCUGCGAGGGCCUAGAGACAUACGACACCCUGUGCGAGCCAGUCUUGACCUCCUACCAGCAGAACAACCUGCUCCGAAACGUGGGUACUCCCUGCUUGCCACUCACCCCCAACCCCCCAGGGGAACAAUAUCUUGGCAGAAGCAGCUCCAGAAGACAUUUUGCCCAGUGCUGCUCUGUCACUGAAAGGCUGCAGUGA